UACCCAAAACGGAAAACCGAAAACCGAAAACCCAAUACCCACUCCAAGUGGGUGCGAUUCCAAUCAACCCCAGUAGCCAUGAUUGUUAACGUUAAUGGCGUCGAUGUCGUUGCUGUUUUGUGACUGCCCCCGUCCCACGUUGGCCAUGCCAAAACAAUUCUCUCGCGGAUUAUUAUGGAUUGCCAGCUAUAAUGAUGAGUCACGGCCUGGCCUGGCCCCAUUGGCAAACAAAGAUGGAACAGCAGACAACGCAGCAGCAGCAGCAGCAACAGCAACAAUUGCAACAGCAGCAGCAGCAACAGCAGCAGGCUCUGACCAAGCAGCAGCUCCAAUUGCUGGACAAGAUCAAGCUCGAGUCCAGCAACGGUGCCGAGCAACUGGCCCAGCAGGCGGCCAGCAAUCUGGAGGAGCAACAGGAGCAGCAGCAGCAGCAACCUGCAACAUCAGUGGGCGUGGUGGUGCAGACCAGCCAAGCGGGAGUUAGCGAGCCGGAGGAGCAGUACGUGGUGGUGCCGCGCAUCCAGCGACGCAUCCUCACCACAGCGGGAACACUUGAGUUAAACGAGGCUCGCGAGGGAGAGCCCAGCACUAACGCCAGCAACGCCAGCUCGGGAUCCGCUCCGGAUAGCCACAUUGAGUACCAGCGCAGUGCGCACCACUCGCCGGGAGCCCCGGCCACCCACUACGUGCAGAUGGCGCCACGCAACGCGGAGGUGCCGGAGCAGGUGGGAACCGCAGCCGGAGCACCACCUGGCCCCAUAUUCGCCUAUUCCUCCGGCCAGAUCAUCUGCGCCGGCGACGAUGUGGCGGCCAUUAAAAUAGAGACCAUCGAGAAGGGUGAGCCAUCGGCUGAGUCGCAACAGCAGCAGCAACUGCAGCAACACCAGCAGCAGCAACAGCAAUGUCCCACGCCCAACGGCGGCAGCUAUGGUGAGACCAUAGUGAUCAGCAGCGAGGCGGAGGCACUGCAGCACCACCACCAGCAGCAGCAGCAGCAGCAACACCAGCAGCAGCAACAGCAACACCACCAACAUCAGGCGGCAGCUGCAGCAGCGGCGGCGGCCCAAGCGGUCCACAUAGCCACCAGUUCGCAUGGCGGCACCGUUCGCUUCGUGACCGACGAUGGACGCUUCACCACCGCCGGCCCGGAGACCUCCACCUCGAAUCUUUACUACGACGCCCCCGUGGUGGACGGCAGUGUGCAUGCCAACGAGUCGAAGACCUACGCCGAUCUGGGCAACGCCUACGCCUCCUUCCCGCCCAGUUCGAGCUUCAGCAGCAACAGCUAUGCGGCCACCCUGCAGCAGGGCAACACCAUCUACAGUGUCCCCGGAACCGGUCAGUUCCUGGCCAAGUCGGAGUCGGGAUUGAAUCAGCUGCGCCAGGCUGGACCGGCCACCUUCCAGACGAUAUCCUUCAACGACGGCGGCAACGCCAUCGAGGCUCUGUGGACAUCGCCCGCUCCGCCGGAGUACCAGAAUGUGCCCUUCGGCAACUUCCAUCCGCAGGUGAUUGAUGAGUAUGGAACGGGCAACAUGACCGCCACCCACUGGUCGCCCGCCGGCAGCAUCGGUCAGUACGAUGGCAGUCUGGUGACCGCCUCGUCCACCUCGUCCCCGAACCACGAACUGAAGUGCGAGAACUGCCACUCGCCGUUCAUGCGCAAGGGCAGCGAGUACUUCUGCCCCAACUGCCCGCCCUUCAUGCGGAUGGCGCCGCGGAUGCCGCAGCGGCAGGCGAAGCCCAAGGCCGCCGCCGCCCCCAACAAUCGGCGCAACGGGGUGACCUGCGCCAACUGCCAGACCAACUCGACGACCCUGUGGCGGCGCAACAACGAGGGCAAUCCCGUGUGCAACGCCUGCGGACUGUACUACAAGCUGCACAACAUGAACCGCCCACUGUCGAUGAAGAAGGAGGGCAUCCAGAAGCGCAAGCGGAAGCCGAAGAACAACGGAGGAGCUCCCAUGCACCGGACAGCGCUGCCAAGCAUGUCCCAAGGAGUCAACCUGAUGGCGAACAGUCCCCUGUAUCCAUCCCAAGUCCCAGUGAGCAUGCUGAAUAGUCAGCAGAACGCCAGUCCGGAGCUGCAUGAUAUGUCGACGACGGGUCCAGCGGGUGGCGGUGGCCAGCGGGUGGUGGCCAUUUCGCUGAAUUCGACAGCACCACCGCCCACCACCGACGGAACGCUGAACAUGUCCGCUCGCCACCACGUGACCGGUGAGAGCCACUCGCCCUACAGCCAGCAGUCGACGCCCCAAAGUCAGUCGCCGCAUCUGCCCAGCACGGUGGCGAUAAACCGCCAGAUAGUCCAACCAGUUCCCACCAUCGAAAGCGGUCGCAGUUCCAAUAGCGAACUCACCCCCAGCGUAAUCACACGCACUGGACUGCCAGAGCGAUCAUCGAAUAACUAAGCUAGCACCUUGACCUUUAACUUCGAACUUUAAACUUAAACUAACUUUAAA